UUUGGAGUCACGCUAAAUCGUUUCACUUUAUGAUAAUGGCGUCUCGCCUGAGUAAUGAUGAACUGCCACAAAUGCACGAUAAGACCGUCAGCAGACAGAGAGAAAGUUCGUCUUCACAGAAAACCUCUCUUUCUGUCCUAUGUAUUUUGUUUGUGGAGCUUUGUGAACGUCUAACAUUUUACGGUUUAACAGCAAAUCUAGUGUUUUACUGUAGAGAUGUUCUCAAGCUUUCUUCACCGUUCCCGAGCACAAUUGCGUUAGCAUUUCAAGGAACAUGCUUCUUCACUCCUGUCAUUGGCGGUUGGCUGGCUGACACCGUAACGGGGAGAUACAACGCUAUAUAUGGAAGCUCCUUACUCUACAUAGUCGGCACCGUCCUUCUUACAGCCACCUCUUAUAACUACCCAAAGGCUUAUGCUUUGAGUAUUCCAAGUAAAGGUGCAUUCCUAACUGUCUCGCUUAUCUUAAUUGCCAUAGCAACUGGAGGAAUCAAGGCUAACGUGUCCCCGCUAGGAGCAGACCAAGUCAAACACGAAGGAAAAGAAAAGAUCCAGAAAUUUUUUGACUGGUUUUACUGGUUUAUACAGGUUGGAUCCCUGAUCGCUUUCACGGCCGUUGUGUAUGUCCAACAGGAAGUGUCUUUUUUCUACGGCUACUUAAUAACUGCCUUGUCCAUGAUUUUAGCAACCUUGUUGUUGUUGUUAGGAAGAAACCACUACAUAGUUCAUCCACCAAAAGGAAGCUACCUGACCGACUCCCUACGAAUUAUUGGCGUUGGUAUCAAAAACAAACUCCGCUGCAAGAGUUAUUUUACUCAAACUCACUGGCUCGAUGGAGCUAAGGAUGUUAUGGGAGGAGAAUUUUCAGAGGAAAUGGUGGAAGCUGUCAAAUCAGUGGUUCGUCUGCUUCCAAUAUUCUUCACAUUUAUCUUCUACUGGACAAUAUUCGGCCAGGGCCUUACCACGUACCUAUUGCAAGGCUCUUACAUGAAGUUGAAAAUCAACGAUAAGUUCUCAUUUCCCGCAGCUUCACUGGCCAUAUUUGAAAAUGCGUCUUUGUUAGUUUUGAUUCCAUUUAUUGAUCGAGUUGUCUACCCAGGCCUCCGUCGUUUUGGCUUCAACUUCACUCCUCUACGCAGAAUCGGCGUUGGACUGAUUUUUGCUGCUGGUUCUGUGGCCUUGGCAGGAAUCAUCGAAAUUGAGCGAAAAAAAGAUUAUGGAAGGGUCCAGCAAAAUGUUUUCAAUACAACCAUAAAUGCAUCAACUAUGAGUGUGUUUUAUCAAGUGCCACAGUAUAUACUCCAAGGAGCAAGUGAAGCUUUGGUGUCUGUAACAGGUCUUGAAUUUGCCUAUUCCCAGUCUCCACCCGAGUUGCGUGGCGUGGUAAUGGGUGUGUGCUUGGCUAUGAUUGGUCUGGGUUACUUUGUAGCGAGCUUGCUGGCGUCGAUUGUCAAACACGUUUCACGUAGCGAGUGGUAUCCGGAUAACCUCAAUAAGGGCACACUCGAGUACUACAUGUUCCUAUUGUCUGGGCUUAUGUUGGUUAACUUGACUGUGUUCCUGUUCUUAGCAGUGAGGUAUCGCUAUGUGGUCUGUGAUCAAGACAACCCUGAAGAUGAUGAGCGCGUUGAGAGAAAAAAGAGCUCUUCAAGCUUUUCGAAUAUUUCCCAAAACGAUCUUGAUAACCGUUACUUAAUGCCAUCAACUAACACCUCAGAAGCAUCAGGACUCCCAAACAUAGGGAUUGCUAAGUGUCUUAUGCCACUUUCAUUCUUUAAGACAGUGAGAAAGAACAUAACAGUCAGCUGUGUUCCUACAUCAGUAGCUAAGUCCAUACGUAAAACUAUUUACUUAGAGAAGUGCCUGAUGAUGGAAUCUCUCCGAGAUGAUGAUGAUGACGGGAUUUCGACAAACUACGAUUAUAGCCAGGAAAACCCGUCAGAAUUGGAUGAAUCACUGUCUGAGGAACCAGUCUCCAACAACAAUACUCUAACAGUUCUUUGUAUUUUAUUCGUUACCUUAUUUGAACGUCUGGCAUUCUAUGGGGUGGCUGCAAAUCUGGUACUCUACUGUGAGGACGUUCUUAAGCUUUCCUCGCCAUUAUCCAGCAUAAUCGCCUUGGCAUUUCAAGGAACAUGUUUCUUUACUCCUAUAAUCGGCGGUUGGCUAGGAGACACAACCGCUGGGCGAUACAACACCAUAUAUGGAAGCUUGUUGGCUUACAUUGUCGGCACCGUUACACUUACGGUUAUUACCUACAAAAAACCUUCAAGGCAUCAUGUUCUUAUUCAAGGCUUAUAUGAAAAGUUACUUUUGGUUGUGUCCCUUGUCGUUAUUGCCUUUGCAGUAGGAGGAGUCAAGGCAAAUUUGUCCCUGAUGGGAGCAGACCAAGUGAAGAGGAAAGGGCAAAAGAUGGUGCAAAGAUUUUUUGUUUGGUUUUACUGGUUCAUACAGGUUGGCUCGUUGCUGGCCUUCACAGUUGUAGUAUACGUCCAACAAAACGUGAACUAUUUCUAUGGUUACUUAAUUACUGUAGUUUCAAUAACGUGUGGAACUAUGGUAGUGGUGAUAGGGAGAAACCGUUAUCUAGUGUAUCCCCCACGAAAAAGCGCUCUAAUGGAUGCUCGACAUAUUCUUGCAGUUGGUAUCAAAAACAAGCUCUUCUGCAAAAGAAAUCCACACUGGACUCACUGGCUCGACGGUGCUAAGGACAUCAUGGGUGGUGCCUUCUCUGAAGAGAUGGUAGAAGUUGUCAAGUCCAUGGUUCAUUUGUUUCCAAUAUUACUCACAUUUAUCCUCUACUGGACAAUAUACGGCCAGGGUUAUACCACGUUUCUAUUGCAAGGCUCUUACAUGAAGUUGGAUAUCGUUAAUACGUUUCCAUUUCCCGUGGCGUCACUGGCCAUAUUUGAAAUUGUGACUGUUCUAGUUUUGAUCCCCCUUAUUGAUCGAGUUGUUUACCCAGGCCUCCGUCGCGUUGGCUUCAAUUUCACUCCUCUACGCAGAAUCGGCGUUGGAUUGAUUUUUGCUGCUGGUUCUGUGGCCUUGGCAGGAUUUAUCGAAAUUGAGCGGAAAGAAAAAUUUGGAAGGGUGACGCAAAUUGUUUUCAAUAGAACUAUAAAUGCAUCAAAUAUGAGUGUGUUUUAUCAAGUGCCACAGUAUAUCCUACAAGGAACAAGUGAAGCUUUGGUAUCCACUACAGGUCUUGAAUUUGCCUAUGCCCAGUCUCCAACAGAGUUGCGUGGCUUGGUAAUGGGCGUGUGCUGGGCAAUGAUUGGCCUGGGUUACUACGUAGCGAGUUUGCUGGUGUCAAUCGUCAAACACACUUCUCACAACAAGUGGUAUCCGGAUGACCUCAAUGAAGGCAAACUUGAAUACUACAUGUUUUUAUUGGCUGGGCUUAUGUUAAUAAACUUGGCAGUUUUCCUGUAUUUAGCAGUGAGGUAUCGGUACGUUGACCAUGGAGAAGGGCCUGAAAAUGAUGGCUACCGCGCCCCUGUUUGUGCCAGAGUUUUAUCACUCGCGACAGCUGUAAAAGUAGAGACUGACGUCUGCCCUCAAUUACUGGUUCGGUGAUCGUAUACGAAUGUGUAAGAAAAUAUAUUGUCUGUGUGGGAAAACAAAUGUAA